AUGGAGGAGGCCUCGCUGAUGCGGGCGGAGCUGGACAAGAAGGUGCAGUCGCUGCAGGACGAGGUGGCCUUCCUGCGGGGCAACCACGAGGAGGAGGUGGCCGAGCUGCUGGCGCAGCUGCAGGCGUCCCACGCCACGGUGGAGAGGAAGGACUACCUGAAGACCGACCUCACCACGGCGCUGAAGGAGAUCCGCGCCCAGCUGGAGUGCCAGUCCGACCACAACAUGCACCAGGCCGAGGAGUGGUUCAAGUGCCGCUACGCCAAGCUGACGGAGGCUGCCGAGCAGAACAAGGAGGCCAUCCGCUCCGCCAAGGAGGAGAUCGCCGAGUACCGCCGGCAGCUGCAGUCCAAGAGCAUCGAGCUGGAGUCGGUGCGCGGCACCAAGGAGUCGCUGGAGCGGCAGCUCAGUGACAUCGAGGAGCGCCACAACAACGACCUCAGCACCUAUCAGGACACGAUUCAUCAGCUGGAGAAUGAGCUCAGAGGAACAAAGUGGGAAAUGGCACGUCACUUGAGGGAAUACCAGGACCUCCUCAAUGUCAAGAUGGCCCUGGAUAUCGAAAUUGCUGCGUACAGGAAGCUACUGGAGGGUGAAGAGACAAGAUUCAGUGCCUUCUCUGGAAGCAUUACUGGACCCAUCUUCACACACAGACAACCAUCUGUCACAAUAGCAUCCACUAAAAUCCAGAAAACAAAAAUUGAACCCCCAAAGCUGAAGGUGCAGCACAAGUUUGUAGAAGAAAUCAUUGAAGAGACCAAGGUGGAGGAUGAAAAGUCUGAAAUGGAAGAUGCCCUAGCAGCUAUUGCAGAAGAAAUGGCAGCCAAGGCCCAGGAGGAAGAACAG